CCGUAACUCUUCAGAGCCAUCCAACAAUCGUGGUGCUCCGUAAUCGUUUUCUCGGAAACCUAUGCCUUUUCAGCGUGGAUCCAUCUAAUUUUAGAAAACAGAAGGAGAAAGUUGAGGAAGCUUUUGCCAAACAUUAAGAGAGAUACAAGGAAGAUAAAGACAAGAUCUUAAGGUGGCGAAAUGCAUUGACUCAAGUGGCAAACAGCAAGGGAUGGCAUUUAAAUGGCAGGCUACAGAAGGGAUUGAAGGCAUGAUCAUUGACAAUAAAAGGGAAUCGAAGAAGAUGCUGAAUUUGAAUGUGGAUGCCUUGUGGAAGAUGAAGAAGUUGAGAUUGCUCAAAGUCCUUUGCCUCUUAAACUGUGAUGAUCUCAAAUAUCUUUCUAGUGAGCUACGACGUUUAGAUUGGACAGGAUAUCCUUUAAGAUUUUUGCCUCCAAGCUUCCAACUCGACAACCUUGUUGCUCUUCUCUUGCCAUACGGUCGCAUCGAACAACUAUGGAAGGCAAACACUCUCUUGUACAAGUUGAAAGUGCUCAACCUCAGAGGCUGUCAAAACCUGAUCAAGACACCAGACUUCACAACAAGCCCAAAUCUGGAAAUUUUGAUAUUGGAGGGUUGUAUAAAAAUAGUAGAUGUUCAUCCAUCGAUCGGAGUUCUUUUGAGGCUUCAACUUUUGAACUUAAGAGGCUGCAAGAGUCUUAGGAAUCUUCCAACCAAAAUAGGAGGGUGCAAUUCUCUAAAAACUCUUGAUCUUUCUAGUUGUCAUAAAGUUGAAAAUUUGCCUGAGAAUUUGCAGCAAGUAGAGUCUCUGGAAGAUCUUGAAUUGAGUGGAACAGCCAUUGCAAAACCGCCAUACUUCAUUUUCCGAUUCAAAAAUCUUAAGGCUCUGUCUUUCAAUGGGUGCAAGGGAUCAUCAUCUAAGUUUGGAACAAAUCUACCUUCUCUUUUCCAGGUUUUCCAAAGAAGUAUGGAGUCAUUGCCUCUAAUAUUACAUUCACUGUCAGGUUUGACAUCAUUAACUAGCUUGAAACUAAAGGACUGCAAUCUUUGCCAAGGAGAUAUUCUCAGUGAUAUUUUUUGUCUAUCCUCUUUGAUAACUCUUGAUCUCAGUGGUAACAAUUUCGUCAGCACACCUUUGUCUUUUUUUCUACUUUUCAAGCUUCAAUAUCUUGGAUUGUCAAAUUGCAAGGAGCUUAAACAUUUUCCCGGGUUUAUAAGUACAGAAGGUGUAAACAUAGAUGGUUAUUCUUCUCUAGAACUAGUUCCUAAUAAGGUAUGCAAUUCAGUGGGUGGACCACGGAUAAGGGGUCUUCACUGCUAUAGAUUGGCUGAGAGUAGCGAUGUUUAUACAUUGCUGGGAAGACAUAUAAAGCAACAUGUAAUUUCAAGAAAAGGGUUUGAUGCUGUUAAGCCUGGAAGUGAAAUCCCAAAAUGGUUCAGCCAUCAAGCCGUUGACUCGUCAAUCAAGAUACCACUGCCUAACAAUAUUCAAAAUGAUAGUCAAUGGAUGGGAGUUUCUUUCGCCUGCGUUUUUGUCGAUGAUGAUGCUUCGAGGCAUGAGGAACUCACUUGUGAAUUUGAUAUCCAUCAUAGAAUAUCUGUACAAGCUACUUGUGAUGGAUCUGUUUCUUGGGUUAAAAAUCCUCAGCAUGUCAUAUGGAGAAGCUGGUUUUUUAAUAAAGAAUAUGUCCAACCCAUAAUAAAGGACCACUUUUAUCAUACUUACUUGCCGGCCGCGUGACUUAUUAUAUCCAUUUUAUUCGGAUGACAAAUGUGGUGAAAGUGAAAUUGAGGAUUCACCGACAACAGAUUACUCGAAUCAGGUAUUCAAUGAACUUCAAUUGUCGAUAACAUCUGAUAAAUGUUCCAAAUGUGUUAAGGUGAAGAAAUGUGGGGUUCGAAUAGUGUAUCAGAAAGAUUUGGAAGAUAUCAAUGAAGACUCCGACGGAGAUGAAUCGAUGGCUAACGGUCCCCUUAUCAAUGAAGACUCAGACGAAGAAGAGCUUGUGGAUGAUCAAUAAUGGCUUGUUCCUUUUGAGUACAAAGAAUUUUCGGUACUCGACUCUACCAAGGUCACUCGAGGAACUCUUCUAAGAUAUGGUUAGUCUAAUUGCAGGGUCUAAGAUUUAACCAUAAUAAUUCAUGUACUACAAUUGUGUUUUCAAACUAUGAAACCUGUAGACAUAGAUGUUUUGGGGAUUAAUAGCUUCUAAAGCCUUCUUCUCUGGUCUAACCAAUGCCAUCUUCAAAGCUCCAAUGCUUUUCUUUGAUUCAACCCCUGCUGGGAGGACUCUGACCCGAGUAAGAUCGGAUUUCCCAGUCUACCCAUUUCUGUGUCUGCGAUUUUCAUUGAUCCAUUUGAUCUGUUUGAUACAAGUUAAACCCGGGAGAAAUCUGAGGAAUCUGGAAAACAUUGCAGAUUGUGAGAGGAAAUAGAUGUCUAUCAUGUGCCAGAGAAAGAACACUGCAAGUCAUUCCAUGAAAAUUGCAUAUUAUUCAUUGGAACAUCAAAUUAAGUGAUACAAAAACAAGUUUGGGGUAGCUAAUUCACAGAUUAAAUGAAGUUGAGAUAGACAUAUUACUAAUUCAC